GUUAUUGUGGUUUAAAUUUUCUUGUCUCUCGAGUGACUUCGAUUGUUUGCACGUGGUGCAUUGUUAUUAUCAGUGUUGUUGUCUCGGUUCUCUCGGAUUUUGAGCCUUGAGAGAAAUGUCAAUACGUCGAGAAUAAGAAAAAGUCUCGCAAAAAACAUAAGAAAAAAUUGAGCUGCCCCUGAAAAAUGCCCUCUUUCCCAUUUCUGAUGAAAAAUUUAUUGUUCACUGAUUGUUCACAAGAAUUUCUCAAUCACAGAUGCCUGACUCAACCUCCAUUCUCCCAACCUAAAUAAACAAUUUGAAUGAAAUGUUAAAAAAUGACGACAAUAAUGGCAGAGUCACACCUCAGCACUUGCCAAACACCUGCGAUUACCAGAAAACUUCGCAUUAUCUGUGUUUAUUAAAUCGUUAAUCACCAUCUGAAUGACUCAUGGACCCUUCUCUUCACCCCUCCCCCAGUGAAUUCGUCAGGUGACGUCCUCAGGUUUGUCUCCCCCAAAGACCUACCUCGUCCCCAUUUUCCCUAAUCAGUCGUGAGAGUUUCGCCAUCAGUGAAAGAUCCACCUCCAGCACGUGCAUUCACCCAACACCAUCACCAUCUCCAUCGACGAACAUCCCAGAAGUCAUUGGCAAAGAUUAUUAACAAUGUAUGUGGUGUCAACACCACUGGAAAAAUCGUGGCAGUGCGGCUGGACGACUGGAGAUAUCCCGGACAAUUGGUGGUCGUUCAUUGCCGGUGACAGUGGCGAGAAAGCAGGAGGAGGGGUGGACAACCUGGACAGAGGCCACCAGCGAUCAGGAGGUGCGUUAUGGAACUGAUGAGGAUGAUAAUGGGGUGUUCCUGAUGGACGAGAGGGAAGAGGCUGUUGCCUCUGAGCUGUCGUUUCUUGCGAUGACUCCGGUCGGCUCUGAUAGACUUCAAGUCGUCUGGGAUAAUUUCAUUCAUGCGGAGCCACAGAGUUACGAGAAAUCAUCGUGGUUCGACAUAUUCCUCGCAGAAUUGCUGGCUCAAGUGCACGAGGGAAGAGACAUCAAAGAGAUUCUAUCAUUCUGCUCCGUAGGUGGUGGUGGAGUGUCAACCCUGGUAGCCUGUGAGCUUCUCUCGGACGUUCACGAUCUCUGCGCAGCCCGGAACGAUGGAGGUGAAUUAAUUGAGCUCCACAAGUACCUGAUCCAGGGCCGUGGCUGGCGUUCCCUGUCAGUCCUCCACCUGCUAGGGGUGCGUGGCCUCUCAUGUGGUCGGGAGCUGGUGGCCCUUCUCGUGGCGCUCUACCCAGUUUCCUCCGAAUCGUCUGUUCAGCCACUGCCUCCCAACCCGUACAUUAAAUUCCACUGCAAUGAUGAUACUGUUGAUACGGUCCAGAUCAUUCCCCACACGACGAAGAAGAAGAAUCGCAGCCGAUCGAGUGCCACGAAUGAAGCUCAAGUUUCACGGAAACGCCUGCGACGGCACAGUGUUGGGGGAACGAGGGUAACGUCUCAGGUGGUGGGACACGAUGUGUCGAAAAGAGACAGCAGUGGAUCUGAGGUGCUCACAGAUGGAAUCGAUCAGGCGCGAUCUCUGACCUUGAAGAUCCGGUUGAAUCCGAUGGACUUUGAGUACUUCACGUCUGUCGUGAGAUCCGAUGAAGAAAAUCAAUGGGGAGGAGCUCUGUAUGAGCCACCACUUCGUCCAACGAGGAAAAUCCCCCAGGACUUCAUCGACGAUCGGAUAAAGUCAGUCCUGAAUACGAAAAUCAGUCACUUCGAGACCAGUCUUUUGAUAAUUCAACUCCUCCAAGGGCUCAGGGAUUAUGAGACUGUUCCUGCUGAACAGACACCUGCUGUUCAGGUCCUGAAGUUCGCCUUGGACACCCUCUGGUCCCUGCAGUUUGGCAUCGAUGGUCCCAAUCUCACUGGAACAGAAUGCGCGACCCUGAAAGCCGCAGCUGCGAGGCUGAUGCUGGGAGCUUUGGAACGAGUGCUCAGAGCUGAUGAACCCACAACAGCUGUCAUCCACAAUGGAUUACUUCCGAUGACCCUGCGACUCCUCGAGGAUGCCUGCAGCAAGCCAGUGGUCGCCAUGAGCCAGGAAGAGGGAUCUCUUCUUCAGGAAUUCAUAUUUGCAACGACUUACGGAAUUAUCACUUUUCUUUACUGUCUUCUGCAUCAGAGAGGAACUGCUGAAAAGCUGAAAGAUUUCCUGGAACUGUUUCAACUGUUCACCGAGAGUCAGGAUGGCAAAUUGGUGGAACGAACAGUUCUAGCAAUAGUCGAUUUACCGAGUAUCGAUCCUGACAAGUCAAUGACUCGUGCGAGAAAGGUCGUUGACAUGGUUGGCGCACUGAUAAGUGCCCUGAAACGUGUCAGACAAGAGCUCUGCCACAUGGGCCAGUGUCGAAGGUCAAGGCACAGGGGAUGUGAUAAUGUUAUUGAGUCUCAUCAUCAUUUUGAUAUCCUCGGUAGCCCGUAUUCACAGCCCAAAGUGACAGCACUGGGCCAGCAGAUGUGCUGUAUUUCAUCCCUCUUCAUGACAUUGACUGUUUUAACGAAAGACUCGAAGUCUUUUCCUGUUGAAUUUGAGGUGAGACUUUUAAAGGUGAUCACAGCUGCUGGGACCUGCUGUUGCUUUCCCCCGAAGGCUCUGCUGGCCAACGUCGUGGGCUUCCUCAAGAAGGGGAGCACACAGAUUUAUGGGGCCUGUACUGCUCUCCUGGAGCGGUGCUUGUUCAGGGAAUUGGGGGCCUAUCCUGAACAUGACACUUGCAACACCUGCGCCAAACCCCUCAACUACUCCUGGGAAUUUCUAGAGAUGUAUUCUGGCCUGCUGGAUCCAGCUGAUCCUAACCUAUGCUAUGCCAUCAUGGGUCAUCUUGUUAAGGUGACCCCCAGUGCUGGCUUUCAUGUUAGGCGUGAACUCCUGUUCCGGGUGUUCUAUCCAACGUUUCUCAACGCCAAGAAGAGCCUGGAGAAGUGUGGGGGCAAUGCCAGCACUGAGUUUAUCAUUCAGUCGUGUUUAUGUAUGAUCUCGAGUCUCGUUGUGAAUGGACCCAUGUGCGAGAGAUUUGGAGAGAUCAGGGGAUUAGAGGAAUCCCUGAAGCUACUGCCUAAUCCUUUGUUCACGAGAAAUGUUUAUGCUUUGUUGGAGGUGUCUGUGAUUAUGGAGAUAUGGCUGGCGAUUGAGGAGAACGAGGGGGUCAACGAGGGAAUUGCACUCAAAGCAUUGCUUGAUGCACUGGACAAGGAGAGCACUGAAUUGCUCGAGGUUUUUGAUAGCAUCAAGGAGCAGAGCAUCGAGGAAGUGCUUGAGGAGUCGGUUCAAUGUAACUUUGGGAAACUGAGGAAGGUUCAAGAGAGGGAAAGAUCGGGAGAACUGGGGGACAAGAGGACUUUGCUGAAGAGUCAACUGUCCAAGUCUUUGGAGGAUAUUGUUAGAGGGGGAUCACUGGAGGAAUUGCAGAAAGUUAGUCUCUUUCAGGCUAGUGCCGCCUGGAGAGCUGCUGCUGGCGUUGCUCUGUGCAGUCCAUGCUUUAGGAUUGAGUUGUCGAAGAGUCCAGUUGCUGAUAAAUCGCUGAGGCUUUUUAAAAUUCUCGCUGUUUGCAUCGCUACUGAUCGUAUAAAAGACGCCAGUAAAUCAACCCAUCGGCUCCUCGAGGCGUUAAUCACGUGCUGCUUGACAUCUCCGUUGUAUUAUGGAGUUGAUAUGACUUGUGGUUCAGGUGAUUCCGAUGUGAUAACAGAACUCGGUAAAGCGUUGAUGAACGCUGGAAUUAAACUGGGAAGAGGAAUAGCGAUGCUUGUGGAGGCACUUCUUCGAGUCUCGAUGUUAAAAUCAAGUCGAUGCCAAACAAUGCCACAACCAACAAGGCCCAGGCUGCCAACAAUGACCUUGGAGACGCUGCCGGACUGCGGAGGUGAGGACAGUAGUGCAGGGGAGUACGUAACCGCUGACGAUGGCUACGAGGCCGAUGUCGAGGUCCAGGGAAAGAGCCCGCAGAAUAGUUUGCCGAGGAGGAGUAAUUCUCUAGGGCCCGUGGUGGAACCCAGAGGACAUGCCAAUGCUCAUCCAGCACUUUGUUCCCUCGCUGUUGACCUACUGAUCCACUUCAGCGAACACGGUCUAGACGGCGAAAGAAGUACAAUAGUAAGCAGUGGUCUACGCAAAGUCGCAGUGAUAUGCAGAGAGAGUGCAUCGAGUUGUGCAGCACUCGCAGGAUCAGGAGUAAUAACAAAGCUCCUGACCGGCUUCUCAACAAUUCUCACGAGCAAAGACCCAGACCACCAGGACCUCCAGCACGCCGUCCUGGAAGUGUUCACACUCCUCGCAACACAAUCGAUAUCCCCAACUGAAUUAGCAUCCUACCUCUCCCUCUUCAAAAACGAAUCUCCCCCCCUCGUGCCGCUCCUGGAGCCUCUGUACCGUCUCGUGAUGGCCUCCAAGCCCCAGCCGAAUUUCAUCCUCUCAUUCCCUAUUAUCAGCGAGCCCAACAGCCCUAACAAAACCGAAAGGGAGAGCAUGAAGAAUACCGAAAAGGCUGAGAAUCUCGUUCACAACUUCAGAAAGAAACACAUAUCAGCAGAAAUCUGCAGUCCCUGGUCUGUCCACGCGAUGUGCCUCCCAGUGGGCCCAGAGCUGUCCUGGCCAGUCUGGUUGCACGGCUGCUCCGUCUCCAUGUGGUUGCGAGUCGAGAGAGGCGCCACAUCAUCAGGAAGAGGAGCGACAGUCUCGGUGUCUCCUCUUCUGGAUUCAGACAGUGAGAGUAUGUCCGAAUGGGGAGUUUUAACGGACAACUGGAGUCGUGAGGUCGUGGCAGGAUCAGCCUCACCUCCGGCUCCAGUAACAAUAAUCCAUCUGAUGUCAAUCGGGUUCGAGUCCCUCGUCCUGGAGUCCUGGCUGGACCUGAAGUCUGAUAAACUCAUCCUUCGUCUGACUCGUCCCGACGACAAGACCAAUCGCACCAUCUCCGAGGCGUCCAUUAAUGGGCUACUUCCCUCGGGAAGGUGGCACCAUUUUGCCCUUAACUUCAAGGACACUGUUCUGAAUAAAAAGAGUGCAGUGGUGGAAGUGACGAUCUGGGUCGAUGGCUAUCGCGAGGCCAGUGCACAACUUCCUUUCGAUGGGCUUCUGGUCCGCAAACCUGGUACCACUUGUGUACUGCUGGGGCAGAAUGGACCCACCAGCAGUGGCGCCUGGUAUCUGGGGAAUCUCAUGGUUUUCAGGUGUCCAGUAUUCACGAAGGAGAAGGCUCUGUAUCUCGCCAGUCUCGGUCCGAACUACACAAACUUGGCUGAAUGCGUUCUAAACUCAGUGAAACCUGAUUUCUCACCCCUGAUAGCAUCUGGGGCACUGAAUGGUGUCCGAGAGGUGAAGUUCGAGGGCGGAAAGUUCGAUACCAGUCGGAGAAAGUCAUAUGGAGGGACGUUUCUGAGACAUAUCGUGGAAACGAAGGUGUCGGAGUCGAAGAUCGAUUGGGACGCUGUCAUGGACGCGACGAAUUCCCACCUGAGUGACCUUCAGGACAAUAUUCUGAUAAGCUACGAAGCUCAGACUCCAAAUUUGCUGCAUCUGUAUCCGCAGGCGAUAGCAAAUCCUAACGCAGUCGUGAGGACACUGUUUCCAGGACAGCCGGGAUUCAGAGUUAUCUCCGCACCAGAGCACAGGGUCUCCCAGCAGCCACCGUUGUCAAUUCCACCGAUAACAUCCUCGAGGCUAGAGUGCCAACAGUACAGAGGAUUGAUUCCUGCUGCCAGUCUCAUCGGUGGAAUGCCAGUAUUUCUGUAUCUCUUCGCCAGAGUUGUCGAGUUGAACUCCUCCGAGGAGGAACAAGCCCUAGCGUUGUCGAUCGUCCUUCACCUGUCGAGAAGUGAUUCCGAAUUACUGAGUCAGUACAGGUCAGAGGGGGGCCCAUCACUGCUGCUGCGCGUCCUGGAGAGUCCCAGAUGCAACGCAGGAAGGCACAUUCUGAAAGCUGUCCUGGACGCAGCCUGUGACACCAGCAUUCUCAUCAAAGACGUCAGCAGCGGUAAUCACGUGAUUCUCCAAAACUGCGAGGCUGUUGUGACAGACGCUGAGUUGAUAAAAGUGUCGCUGAGUGCCUGGAGAACGUGGGCUAAAUCCGAUGCUCUGAAUCUAUUUCUCCAGGGAAUUUUGGUGCUUCUGCGGGAUCAACACUCCCAGAGGGAGUUCAAUGCUGCCCAGUUGAACAGAGUAGGCAUUGUGGAGACUAUUCUACUUCUCUGCAAGGAGCACUUCAUGUACGAAGACUGUUACGAACGAACGCUGAUGGAUCCGACGUGUGGUACAGCUGUUGUCGAGCUGAUUAGAGCACUCAUGGGAGCGCCUCCAGAAUUUUUCCAUCUUGUUGCAAUCACGGAUUAUCUUAUUCUAGUUCAUCAGGCGUCAGAGACUUACGUCACACACUCGCGUCAUAAUAUCUAUUUUCUUUUGUCACCGUUGGAUGACAAGAGGUCGUGCCUCAAAGUGAGAUUAUCCACGACAACAACAGCCACGACGAGUUCGUCGGAUGAGUCAGUGAAUACAUUGGAGGUGAGUAAAUUGAAUAAAGCACUGGCUAAUGUGCAGAUUCAACGAGACAGAGCUACGAGGAAGAGGGAGAGAAGGUACGGAACUUCCAAGGAGACCAGCGCUGGUGAAGAUUCAGGUAUCGCAGCGAGUGAUGGCUCACACCAUCAAGUGAGUGAUAAACACCUAUCCUGGAGUGAUGAGAAACGCAUGUGCCAGGGACUAGUCUGCGAGGGACUGCUUCUGCUUCUGAGAGACGCUGUUAGGGUCCUCCCUGACAGCCAAGUGGGAUCAGUCCUCAAGCACGUCCUUAGGGCGGAAAUACUCCUCGUGUUGGCUAAUAAUCCUGACACCAAGGUGCGAACUGCCCUCGUUAAGCUGGUGCAAGCGUAUCUGCAGAGAGCCAGUGACGAGGAAAUCAACAAAUUCAUCAAGCAGAAGUACUUCAUUCAUCUCGCCAAUCAGAUUGCUCUGUACCCAGCGUCUGAAUCACUUGCUGUGGCGCUGGAGAGCUUGGCCACUAGAGGACCAACCCAAGCUGCUAUGCCACCUCUCCUGGCGAUGCUGGCACGUGCUUCUGCCAGUGAUCCCAACAUAGCCAGACCCAUCGUCUCCUUCGUGACUGACAUGAUCUCCAAGAAUUCUAGUUCCCUGAAAUCUCUCCUGGAACAGGGCCUGACGGAGUCUUUAGCCAGAUCUCUUGUGGGAGGCGCCCACAAGGGUAAUGCAACUUCCCUAUUCAAUGAUAUUCAUAUUCUCCUGGUGGCCAUUGCUACGAAGCUCCUGGAAUCCCCUGGAAGCCAUCAUAUGCAGGCGAUAUCCGAUCUCCAUUUGAUUCUGAAUCACGUCGAGCUGAACGAGAGACACAAGUGCGGAGCUGAAUCGUCUUGUGUGACUGUCGUUCGUGAUGCACAGGUUGUUCUCUUCGAUGGAGAACUUGAUUUCCUGAUGGCCAAAGUCUCCAGUCAUUCGGGGUUCAGGCUUCGGAGUACUGCCUCAUACUUGGCAUCAGCUUCGUAUCUGACGUCUGUGCUGACGACAUCCAGUGAGCAAAGCGAUCACGAGUCCCGCUCGUCCAGUUAUGGGAGUCUUCAUGGGUCCAGCACGUCAGUAAGGGAGCCCGGGAGGGGAGAAAUCAACGAGAGGUUCAAGACCAUCAUCGUGAAGACUGUUGAGUUCCUCACGACAGCUGAUCAUGCGCCUUCUGGCAGUGAAUUACAACUGACUAAGAGGUUGUUCUCUAUGUUGCUGCAUGGAUUGUCGUCCAAUUCGUCUGACAGGAAGUACUGGGGCGGCUCGUGGGGUUCCAGACCGACCCUGAGAAAGAACACAGCCAGAGUGAUGGUUUGGUUAUUGGGGCCACAUCAGAGCAACAACACUAGGGUUUAUGCUGUCAGAUCGCUGAUGGAGGAGCCCAAGGGCCGGGAGAUUCUCUCGUCAUUGUUGGAGAUUCAUGCACAGGUGGAGCAGAAAUUCACGGUCUUCUUUUGGGAUCUGCUAGAGAAACGCGACGAAAUGCCCAGUGCUGAUGCUCGUGUCUGCGCUGAACUGAAGGAGGCACUCGGCAUUUGGGAUCUCGUGAAAGGAAUCGAACGAGCUACACCUGGACUCUGGGGAGAGGAGCUGACACUUCUUCGGCGAGAGUUGAUGAGGGACAGGGACAUUUGGGUGGAAAGUAAUCUAUCAGCGAUCCAGAGAAUUGGGAAUAAAUUUGAUAUCCUCGCGAAGCAGCUGACGGAGAGUGCGAUGACAAUCACGAGAACAGUUGUGGAGGAGCAGAAUCGAGAGAGGAAGACGUUGAUGGAGAAGCUCAAGCACUCGAGGGCGAUGGAGGCGCAAGCGAUGGCUCGGUGGAGGGAUCUGGCGAGGAGAUUGACACACGAGAGGGCUCCCUGGUACUUCUCGAAGUGUUAUCCUCAAAGUUGGGAGCUGGAUCCGACUGAGGGACCCGCCAGGAUCAGAAUAAGAAUGCAAAGAUGUCAUCUAAAAAUUGAUAAACGAUUCUUCACGAAUGAACAUCAGGAGAAACUCGACGCAGCUGAUGUUGAAUCUCCUCUGUCUUAUCUUUUCAACAACGUUCGUCAGGACGCCAAUGCCACUGCUCUGAUUGAACGUCUUCAUACUUCGGAGAGGAUCCGAAAAAUGUCGCAGGCGAGAGUCGUAACACCUCACGCGGAAUUACCGGGUGAAGCUCUUAUUGGCGAGUCGUGUCUGUAUUUUGUCCCAGACAAACCUGACAGCCCCCUCCACGGUGACAUUGCCCUGGGUGGACUGGACCUCGCGAUGGUUGGAGGGACUGCUUGGAGGCUGGAGGACAUCCGGGAGUUACACAGGAGGAGAUAUCAGCUUCAGGAACGAGCAAUUGAGAUAUUCCUAGUGACUGGCAGAACAUAUCUGCUGGCUUUCAACUCUUCCAAGGAGCGAGAGGACUUUGUCGUUGAAUUAUCGACGUGCAAUCUACCCAGAAGAGUCCCUGGGGAUGAUUUGGGAGAGGCCCUAGCCCUUUGGCGCAGCGGUGCUCUGACGAACUGGGAGUACGUUACAUGUUUGAAUAAAUUAGCUGGAAGAUCUUAUAACGAUCUGAUGCAGUAUCCGGUCUUUCCGUUUGUUCUGGCUGACUACACCAGCGACAGAAUUGACCUCAACAAUCCCAAGAUCUACCGGAAUUUCAAGCGCCCCAUGGCAGUUCAGGACAAGAAGAAUGAACAGCAUUACAUAUUGAAUUACAAUUACUUGAAACAGGCAUUCGCCGAGGACAAUAACUUGGUGGCUCUCAAUCAGGGACCCUUUCAUUACGGCUCGCACUACAGCAAUUCCGGAACCGUUCUUCACUUUCUCGUGCGUCUUCCACCCUUCACCAGCAUGUUCCUGUGCUACCAGGACAACAACUUCGACAUCCCAGAUCGCACCUUUCACGCAUUAGCCACCACCUGGAGAUUAACGAGCUGCGAUUCGACGACAGACGUCAAGGAACUGAUCCCGGAGUUCUUCUAUCUCCCAGAAUUUCUUCUGAACUCCGAGGGCUUCAAUUUUGGUGUACGACAGAAUGGCCAGCGAGUGGGGGACGUGGAGCUACCCCCGUGGUGUGGAGGAGAUGCUAGACUCUUCAUCCUGGCGCAUCGAGCUGCCCUCGAAGCUGAUAUUGUCAGGGAAGUCCUGCCCUAUUGGAUCGAUCUGGUGUUUGGGUUUCGACAAACAGGAAGACCAGCUAUAGAAGCCAUCAAUGUUUUUCACCCAGCGACCUAUUACGGAUUCAACGUCGAUCAGAUCGAGGAUCCGUCGCAGAGGGACGCCUGGGAGACUAUGGUCAAGACUUAUGGACAGACACCGGCGCAGUUGUUCAGGGCGUCCCAUCCCCUGCCCAUCCCAGGCGCCUUGAGCUCGAUUCCUGCUGGCAGUUUGCCACGAGUGAUCGAGGGAGUCGAUGGAAUCAAGUGGGGAAACUACGUAGGUGCGCCGGGUAAUGAGCCUGUCCUCUGCUGGAAAAACAAACAUCGAGCUGCAAUGGCUUCCUUGGUUCCCCUCUCCACUGGUGAGGUCUUUGGGCUUCCGGUCUGCACGACUCUUCUCCUGAGGUACACGAAGGAGAAGGGAACCAAUAUGCUGAGUGGUACAUCGGUCUUGGGAGCAGCACUGGCGUCCUGGAGUGGUAACGACGGCAUCGCCAGGCUCAAGUGCAAGAAGGAACAGCCACCGAGGCCCUUGAUCAAGAGCUCUGGGUAUGAUCCCAUCAGCAUUCUUGGAUCUGCUGCUGAUUGUGGACAACUGUGGAUUGGGCACCUUUCGGGAAGGAUCACUGUGCAUUCUUAUAAUGUCGAAGCCGCUGGGAAAAUUGAAUUUGGAGUAGGACCAGCAUCUGUUUUGUUGGCACAUAGGUGUCCUGUCAAAGUCAUUGCAUUGUCCAGGGCCUUCAGCAUCGCUGUCACUGGGGAUGAUGAGGGGGUUAUUGUCAUCUGGGAUUUGAACAGCUUAUCUUACGUGAGGUCAAUAGUCUGCGAAUGUACCCACACCAUCAGUCUUCUGUCAAUAAGUGAAACCCUCGGGGAUAUCGCUGUUACUUGUGACUUGAAGCAGAGCAACGAGACUGGGGAGAAUCGCUCUGAACUGCGAGUUUAUACAAUCAAUUCUAGAGCUGUUGGAUCUGUACUGUCCAGGAGGAGGAUAACUGCCCUGUGCUACAGCAAUGCUCCUGAGGGAACCUCCGUCAAUGUCAUUGCUACUGGGCUGGAUAACGGAGUGAUAAGACUUUGGAGCAGUUGGGACUUGAGAUUAGUCCGGGAAAUCAUAAACGGUGGAAAGGGUUGUGGAGCGAUAAUAGCCCUAGCCUGGGCCCUGGAUCAGCAUCACCUCUACGCAGCAACUGAAGACUCAACUGUAUUAAUUUGGGAAGGAAUGAGACGUCUCAGCAAUGAUACACCAAAAUUCCGGAAUCUCACGUCACUCUGAUACGAUAACUGGGGCACACAGCAGGAGUCAAAAUAUCGUGAUAUAUCUGAAUGUAUAAUGAUACGUUAUUUUAUCAUUACCGAUCUUUCCAGAAUUUUACAGACCAACUGAUCAAUCACAUUCAACUCUCCACAUAUUUUUAAAAGUGACUCGAUCACGUACUGAUUAAUUAUUAAUAUUCAUAUCCGAAUUAAACGCCAAAGUGCCAUUUCCAAUUGUUGAUUAUUUUAAAUGGUUAAUCCGCGUGAGGAACGUGAAAGGAAAAUUCAAUCAGAUAUUUUUAAACUGUGAACAAAGAUUUCAUGUACAAUAGUAUUAUUUUAUAAUGAUUUACUAUUCGUCAAUACUCGUGAUGCUUCUAGUGAUAGAUUUAAUACUCUGAUUAUAUUUUUAUACUGUACGAUAUGUCCAUAUGUAACAAUUGUAACUAUUGAACCAGUUUUAUUAUUACUGCUGAUGAAAUAUUUAUCAAUACGAUUCCAAUAAAUGAAUAAAUUGUUUUUUAAUUCGAUAAAAAA